AUGGCAAACGCAUUAUCGAUCCUGGCUAUGGCGGCUGCCUAUGUUAGUAAACUAGAACAGCAGUCGGAGGCAAUGGAAUUCAAGGAGGAUAGUCCACGCUUUGGAAUUCGCAGUGCAAGAUCAUCGGAUAUUCCUCUCCUCGAACGAGUCGAAAAAUCAGCUGCAGAGGCGUUUCGCAGUGUUGACUUGGAGUUCCUGCUCGAUGAACCUACCGUCGAAGUAUCCGCAUUGACACAGAUGGCACGCUCAAACCACCUCUGGAUCGCGGUCAACGACUGGGACCAACCCAUCGGAUUUCUUGGGGGAGAAAACUUGCAAGGGAACUUUCACAUCGCCGAAAUCUCUGUUGCACAAGACUUUCAAGGGAGGGGCAUUGGCGGGGCUUUGAUGAGAACCAUGUUCGAGCAGAUCCAAAGGGAGGGGUAUAAAUACAUCACCUUGACAACGUUCAAAGAUGUUCCUUGGAACGGACCAUGGUACAAGAAGAUGGGAUUCAAAGAGAUCAGUCCUCGAGCAAUGAAAAAACAAUAUACAGAGAUCCUGAAGGACGAGGCUGCGCGUGGGAUGGAUCCGGAUCGCAGAUGCAUCAUGCGAAAGAUUCUUUAA